GACCAAAUCGAAUUUGCAAUCGAGAUUUCAACUUUUGGAUCAGGGUCUUCAAGACUGUCUCGUAAUGCUUUAUUGGAUUGGUUAAUUGUUGAUAGGUCUAACUCAUCUAUCUCUAGCACUUCCGCCAUAGCGCGUUCUGUUUCUCCAACUGCGCCGUUAUAAGUCAUGGUCAGUGCAAUUGAAAUACUUAACGGAGAGAUGAAGAU